AACCAAUCAAAAUUCAGAAGUGAUUAAUCGGCGGGAUUUCCGGAUUUUAUGUAAACAAGGGAACUUCUGCGAAAUAAAACAUUUAAAAACAAAAGAAGUUUUACAGGAGACAUUUCUCAGUUAGUCAGUAUGGCCCAGAUGCAAGCGCAAAGGUCAGGCCAGGCAGAAGAGGUGGAUGAUGAAACAUUUGGUCCUUUGCUACUCUCUAGAUUAGAAGCUCAUGGAAUUAGUGCAACAGAUGUGAAGAAGAUGGAAGAAGCAGGAUUUUAUACUGUGGAGUCAGUAGCUUACGCACCGAAAAAAAAUCUGUUGGCCAUCAAAGGCAUCAGUGAAGCUAAGGCAGACAAAGUUUUGGCAGAAGCAGCCAAACUUGUACCAAUGGGAUUCACAACAGCUACAGAGUUCCACCAGAAACGCUCUGAGAUUAUUCAAGUAACAUCAGGAUCAAAAGAGCUGGAUAAAUUAUUGCAAGGUGGAAUAGAGACUGGUUCAAUAACAGAAAUAUUUGGUGAAUUUAGAACAGGGAAAACACAGCUCUGCCAUACACUUGCUGUCACAUGUCAGUUACCUAUAGAUAUGGGUGGAGGAGAAGGCAAAUGCUUGUAUAUAGAUACAGAGGGUACCUUCAGACCAGAGAGAUUACUUGCUGUGGCCGAAAGAUAUGGAUUAUCUGGUAGUGAUGUACUGGACAACGUAGCUUAUGCUAGAGCUUACAACAGUGACCACCAAUCUCAACUCUUGAUACAAGCUGCAGCAAUGAUGGCAGAAUCAAGGUAUGCUCUGUUGAUAGUAGAUAGUGCUACAGCUUUGUACAGAACAGAUUACUCCGGGAGAGGCGAACUGUCUGCUAGACAAAUGCAUCUUGCCAGGUUUCUCAGAAUGUUGUUACGACUAGCUGAUGAGUUUGGUGUGGCUGUAGUUAUAACAAACCAAGUAGUUGCUCAAGUUGAUGGAGCUGCAAUGUUCUCUGCAGAUCCAAAGAAACCAAUUGGAGGAAACAUUAUCGCCCAUGCCUCUACAACAAGAUUAUACCUUAGAAAAGGAAGAGGAGAGACAAGAAUUUGUAAGAUUUACGAUUCACCAUGUCUGCCAGAGGCAGAGGCAAUGUUUGCAAUAAACGCUGAUGGCAUAGGAGAUGCCAAAGACUGAUUCUUUGUUUUGAACAGAAGGCAUAAUUCAGUUCCUUACAUUAGUGAGAUAAUGUUUCUUUCUGAGAUUCGAAAGGAAAUGUUGUGUUCAAAGAUUACUGGCAUGCAGAUAGAGUGCAGGAAGUUGAUGGCCUUUAUCAUGUGACCAACAUCAGGGUGGCCAUCCCAUAUGACAAGGAUAUCAUACACACAGAGAAAAUAUCCUGAUUCAGGAAGCAUUUAGCCUAUAUUUUCCUUAUCACUUGACAGAUUGUCAUAAGGCAAAGAGCACCGAAGACAGAAAAAUGAGUGCUUUCCUCCGCAAACAAUUCUUUGUACUUUUCCCAACAGCAAAAAUGUGUACGUUAUCUAUACAGUUGGUCCAUGAAGUUACUGAGAACUGAUGGCAAGUGCUUUGUGUGGAUAAAAGCACUCAUUUCUUUGUCUUCAACACACUUUAUUAUACGCCCGAAGGGACGUAUUAUGUUAUGGUCUAGGUGUCCGUCUGUCUGUCCGUCCAUUAGCAAUUUCAUGUCCGCUCUGUAACUCUUGAACCCCUUGAAGGAUUUCAAGGAAACUUGACACAAAUGUUCACCACACUGAGAUGACGUGCAGAGCGCAUGUUUUGGAUGUCUCAUUUCAAGGUCAAGGUCACACUUAGGGGUCAAAGGUCAUAUGAGUGUGUUUCGUGUCCGCUCUGUAACUCUUGAACUGCUUGAAGGAUUUCAAAGAAACUUGGCACAUAUGUUCACCACACUGAGAUGACAUGCAGAGCGCUUGUUUCGGAUGACUAGCUUUAAGGUCAAGGUCACACUUAGGAGUGAAAGGUCAUAUAUGACUUUUCUGUGUCCGCUCUGUAACUCUUGAACUGCUUGAAGGAUUUCAAAGAAACUUGGCACAAAUGUUCACCACACUGAGGCGACGUGCAGAGCGCAUGUUUUGGAUGACUCGCUUCAAGGUCAAGGUCACACUUAGAGGUCAGAGGUCAUAUAUGACUUUGCUUUGUGUAUAUUGCUGUGCAUUGCAGUGCUCUUAUUUUUAUUUGGCAGAUCCCUUUUUGUUCUCUUACAAAAAAAAAUUUUGAAUUACUUCCCUUUUUUUGUUACUAUAAAUAGCUUUUUUUGAAACUUUUUUAUUAUUGGCAGUAGGGAAAAACCGAGACCACUUUUCUGUGGUACAACAUGGAUGGUACAUCCAAUUUUUAGAUGUAUUUUGACAUAACUUUACCUGGUAAGAAUUUUUUUUUGGACUUGAAUUUUUAUUUUUGGAAUUUUUUCUUUUUGUUGUUCCUGUCCUUUGGGAUUCAACAGUCAAGUUCUUGAAAUUUUACUCCCAUCCUUUGAUUUUACCCCUUCGGGCGUAUAUUGCCCCGCUUGGCGGCGCUCUUGUUUUCUCUGUUUGUACAGUUUCUGAAAGUCACAUGGGUUGGUCACCUUGCAGCAUGCAAUAUGAGGAGAACAGUUGAAUUUUAUUGCAGUGAAGAUAUUCAUUUACUUCCUGCAGUGUGUAAUUAUUUAUUUUGAUGCUACAGCUGUUCUAUAUUUGUCCUCAUGCCAGUGAAGUAGAAAUGUGAAGGCUUGUAAUACAGUAUAGUUAUACAAAAAACUGUACUUCAGCAGACAGUGCUAAUAUGAUACAGUUAAUAUUAUUUAGGGCAAAGUGACACAGACAGGUUAAUUACAGGAUAAAACAGAUGACAGUAAUGGAUUACUGUUGCAUCAGUGCAAGCCAGAGAAAAAAAUUAUAUGUUAAAUGUGCAUUAGAUGCAUCUUAAUUGUGUUUACAGACAGAAUUAUGUCAGACAAUCCUAUGGCUGAUCCUACUACAAAAUGCUAGAUGUAGUGUAAAAAAGAAUUGUUCUGUUUUAACUGUAAAACCGUAACCAAGUACAUGCAUCAUUAAUUAAGUGUUUACUUCCGUUUUGUGUUAGUAAGUCCUUAGGAAAAAUACUGAUUUUAGUUUCUUUUCAGAAAAAAUUUUACAGAUUUCUAUAAUACAGUGAAACACCGCUCGCUCGAGGUCGCAAGGGGAUGAGCAAAAUGCUUGAGUUAUCCAUGGUUUCGAGCGACCCAAACAUUGACCAACAUAAGAAAAUUGAAGUUUUAUUUUACCAAUUGUCAUCGGCACCAUUUGCAGAGGAACCGGUGAUGCGUUAUAAUAACAAACUCGUGACAAGAAAAAAAAAACGUAUUACAAACGUUAUCUAUGAUGUAAUAAGUAAUAACAUACUUGCUUUAAUCUAAAGCAAACAGUAAUUGGUAAAUAUUUGAUCAAUAAAACUUUUCUUCAACCUUUCAUCAAUAAUUAAUCUCAUUAUCAUAUCAAAUAUACCGACAAACAAACAUUUAGGAUAGUCGGGGAAUAGACUAUGCAAUUCUCACGGCGUGCGAAAAUUUUAAAUUAACCGAUACAUUCUGAUUGCCGAAGCUGUGAAAACAUUUGACACCUCUGCUCGAGUUAGCCAGAAGCAUCAAAGAGUAAAUUAAUACACAGGGACCAGGUGUCAUGCUCGAGCGAUCGAGUUAUCGAUGCUCGACUCAGCCAUGGUAAUUUCACAUAGAAAAUAGAAGGAAAUCGGCCGGGACCACAUGAAUUGCUCGAGCGAGCCCGGGUGCUCGAGUCAUCGAUGCUCGAGCGAGCGGUGUUUCACUGUAGCUUAAUUCGACUGACUCUUAAUUUUGCGAAAUAUUGAUCGCACACAUCAGAUAAUGCAGUGGUACAGAAAUAGUUUUUUAGCUCGACUAUUCAAAGAAUAGUCUAGCUAUUCUACUCACCCCGGCGUCGGCGUCACACCUAGGUUAAGUUUUUGCAUGCAAGUACAUACAGCUAUCAUUUAAAGGCAUAUAGCUUUGAAACUUAUUUUUUCUUUUUCUAGGUCAAUUACCAACCUUACUGGGUCAAGUUCCAUAACUCUGACAUGUAUUUUGAGCAAAUUAUGCCCCCUUUUGGACUUAGAAAAUUCUGGUUAAAGUUUUGCAUGCAAGUUACUAUCUCCAAAACUAAUGCAGAUAUUGAAUUGAAACUUCACAUGUGUCUUCGGGGUUAUAAAACUUAUUGAUAGCAGCAAGUCCCAAAACUCUGACCUUCAUUUUGGCCAAAUUAUGCCCCCUUUUGGACUUAGAAAAUUCUGGUUAAAGUUUUGCAUGCAAGUACAUACAGCUAGUACUAAAAGGCAUAUAGAUUUUAAACUUAUUUUUUCUUUUUCUAGGUCAAUUACCAACCUCACUGGGUCAAGUCCCAUAACUCUGACAUGUAUUUUGAGCAAAUUAUGCCCCCUUUUGGACUUAGAAAAUUCUGGUUAAAGUUUUACAUGCAAGUUACUAUCUCCAGAACUAAUGCAGAUAUUGAAUUGAAACUUCACAUGUGUCUUCGGGGUUAUAAAAAUAGUUGAUAACACCAAGUCCCAAAACUCUGACCUUCAUUUUGGCCAAAUUAUGCCCCCUUUUGGACUGGAAAAUCCUGGUUAAAGUUUUGCGUGCAGGUACAUACAGCUAUUACUAAAAGGCACAUGUGCCUUCGGGGUUAUAAAACUAGUUGAUAGCAGCAAGUCCCAUAACUCUGAUAUGCAUUUUGGUCAAAUUAUGUCCCCUUUUGAAUUUAAAACUCUUUUGAUAUUUAACUUCCUGCUUCUGGGACAAUAUUUCGAAUAGUCGAGCUUGGCUGUCUUACGGACAGCUCUUGUUAUGAAAUUGUAUUCAGAGUAGCAAAUAUUUACUAUGGAAAAUACCGUGUGGAAAUGAACACUUAGUGAUUAAUUUAAAGCUUAUAAAUAUGAUUGUAAACUUCCAAUUUUUUUAGCUAUUCUACUCACCCCGGCUUCAGCGUCACACCUUGGUUAAAUUUUUGCAUGCAAGUACAUAUGGCUAUCAUUUAAAGGCAUAUAGCUUUUUUUUUUUCUUUUUCUUGGUCAAUUAUGAACCUCACUGGGUUUAGUGCCAUAACUCUGACAUAUUUUUUGGCCAAAUUAUGCCCCCUUUUGGACUUACAUGGUUCGCACAGGUCCUUGAAAGUCCUUGAAUUUGAUCCUAAGUCCUUGAAAAGUCCUUGAUUUUUUUCUUCCAAAAAUCCCCUGAAAAAGUACUUGAAUUUUGAAAAAAAAGGUAGAAAAGUCCUUAAAUUUUGCUAAAAACUGGGGUGCAAACGUAUUGUAGGGGAAAAAUACAAAAAAUAAAUAAUAAAUAAGUCAAAACGAGCGAAAAAACGGUGUAAAAUAAAAAUACAUGCACACCCACGGAGGGAACGCUAGUUGAACACCGUUUCGGUACGGAAGUUAGAUUCGGAAUAGCGAUUUUCACAACGUUAAAAUAUUAUGCGCAAGGUCAUUGUAGCGUGACUUAUCAACAACAACAAUAAGUGGCCCAAAAAAUAAAUGUAGUUUCGCGAAUAAAUGGCUUACACAGGAUGAUUAUUCAUCGUGGUUAAAGGAGUUUAAGUCAGACAAGCAUAAGUGUAUCUGAUAAACUCAUUGAUGUCGGAACUAUGGGAGAAAGUGCGUUGAAAUCACACGCGAAAACAAGAAGUGAAGUCCCUUGAGGACAAAUUGAAAACUAGUCUUGAGAGCUUGAAAGACCUAUAAGAAACAUGUACUAAGUAUGUAUACAGGCAAAUAUAGCUCAUAAAAGGUAAUCCCAUUGAAGAUCUCAUAAAGGUUAAGAUAUGCUAUUGUAGCUUAUGGAAAAUAAAACUGUUCUGUAACUUUUCUUCUGUCAUAAUGCCUUAUGAAGAGCCUAAAUGGUUUUGUAAUUUAAGAUUUAAAGCGAUUAAAAUAGUCCUUGAAAAUCCAUAAAAAGUCCUUAAAAAGUCCUUGAAAAGUCCUUGAAUUUUUUUUUGCCAAGUCCUGUAUGAACCAUGACUUAGAAAAUCCUAUGCAAGUUACUAUCUCCAAAACUAAUGCAGAUAUUGAAUUGAAAACUAGGUGAUAGCCCCAUAAAACUUUUUUUUUUUUUCUAGGUCAAUUUCAAACCUCACUUGGUCAAGUCCCAUAACUUUGACAUGUAUUUUGGCCAAAUUAUGCCCCCUUUUGGACUUAGAAAAUCCUGGUUAAAGUUUUGUAUGCAAGUUACUAUCUCCAAGCAUCAAGUCCCAUAACCCUGACAUUCAUUUUGGCCAAAUUAUGCCCAUUUUUAAACUUAAAACUUCUGGUUAAAGUUUGCAUGCAAGUUACUGUCUCCAAAACUAAUGCAGAUACUGGAUUUAAACUCAAUAAAUAUUUUAACAUUUAGGGUAAUAUUCCUGCAUGCUGUUACUUAAAGGCAUAUAGCUUUGAAACUUAUUUUUUCUAGGUCAAUUACCAACCUCACUGGGUCAAGUCCCAUAACCCUGACAUGUAUUUUUGGGAAAUUAUGCCUCCUUUUGGACUUAGAAAAUCCUUGUUAAAGUUUUGCAUGCAAGUUCACAGUGUAUAGACUCCCUGUACGCCCAACUGGAAGUCGCCAAAAACUAGGCGUUCAGAAAUCAAAACACAAAGUUUUGCUGUCGCGGAUGGCUUGGAUUUUCAUUGUUUAUUUCGUUAAUAUCGUAUAAAGUAAGUGUACUUUUAAUCAACGUAUUGUUUAAGAGCUACUGUUUACGUAGAUACCAAACACGCCUAUUAAAACUCUUAAUAUACUUCAUUUCAAAUCAAAUAACGUGUGGGUAUUUGUUCGAUUUUGUAAUAAAACUAUCAAUUCUUUGAAAUGCAUAUAUCUUGAGCUUUUGCAAAGAAUUAAAACCUUUGCUACUUCGUAGAUAAAUAUUUUACGCAUCGAUAAAUACUAGCAUGGCUCUAUGGUAACGAAUGUGUUUGUAGGAAAAUGUGUUUUUCUGAGACAUAUAUGCCGAUUACACUGUCCCACUAGUCGAUACAUUACUGGCCCACUAAUCGCAAUUUCUAAAAUCCGGACUGAACGCUUAGUCGAAAAACUGUACACCUAUUCAGAACUUCUUUUCAUUCAUGUAUUUCAAUAAUUUGACUUUGUGUUAUGAUAACCAACAGUUAAAAAGUAAUAGUUAUAAUAUCUUUCGUUUUUGUAACAGUCACGGACCAUUUUAUAUGUUAUUACUGCAGUUUCGAAUCCACUUUUCGUAAAGGUUAGUGUUUAUUAGUAAGUAAUUAGCAAAUCAAUUUAGUCUAGCGCGGCACUGCCGCGCGACUAAUUCAAUUUGGUAAAUGCGUACUAAUAAACUCUAACCUGCAUAGUGUUUGAAAUUAUUUUUUGUAAUAAUGACUAGAUUCUUUACACAUAAAUCACUAACGCAUCAUUCAUAUAAUCGUUACGUGGCACAACUCAGUGUUUGAUCCAUUUCCGGCAUUUCAGAGACUUGUUCGAACUUUACCUCGGGAACUUUAUCAUCAUUCACAGAAGAAACAGCUGCCGUCGGCGCGGUUAUUGGUAAUUUCUGUUUAUUUUAACAUCCGGCUCCAAGUCACAGUUGAUAUCAGUCAAAAUCAAGCAGAUUGAAGCUAAUAUCCAGUUUUUUUUUUUGUUUUUUUUUGCAUUAAUAAUUAUUGCAGUAAUCGCUACAAAUCAAAAUGAAAAUGACCUGGCUCCUUACGUUUACAUCAGUUGUUCUACACGUAUAACUAACCACCGUCUUGGAAGGUAUAUGAGCGGACUCGUUUUGGACACUUUGAUUGUACAAAGUUUUCAUAUAGACAGCGCGUUUGUCUGUUGGCGGAGCUUAAACUCAAAAAACAAAAAAAAAAAAAAAAGAGAAAAAUUUCAAGAACAACACAGAGUGACAUUCACCUUGGGUAUAAUGGGAAGUCCCUGCAUAAAAAGGCUUUGUUUGCACAAUGUUUAUGUGAAGUUACAGUAAAGUAUAAGCAAAAGUAAAACAAGAAAAAGAUGUGACAGAAAAAAGGUUGCCGAAAAACUUAACUUUAACCGAAACCGGGGCGAGUAGAAUAGCACCGCUAUUCCCCGAAUAGUCGAGCUGAAAAUACAAAGGAAAAAAAAACAGUGUCCUGUCAAGCUGAGCGGAAUAAAUAUACAACAUGUAUAUUUUUCUCGUAUGUUAACCGAAACACGUACACAGAUUAUAUUUCUUGUCCAAGACAAGGACAUCGUUGGUGAAACAGACCAAUAAAUACUGUUUCACUGUCGCAAGUAAAAUACAAAACAAAACUUAUAUUUAUAAAUUCAAUAAGUACAGUGUAUAGAGCCUACAAGCCGAAACACGUCGUCAUUUCUUUAUUGAAUAGGCGUACAGUGUUUUGGCGAAUAGUGGGACAGUUUUAUAGAAAGUUUUGCGACUAGGCGGUCAGUGCAUAAUUCAGAUGCAUGUUGAAUUAAACAAUAUUUAAACUAUUCAGGAUUGUAAAUUCAUAUUUGUAGGUAUAAACUCACUUGCAUGGAUUUAUAAUUUAACAUUCGGAAGCGGUUCUGACAUGUAUUUCACUCGCAGUUCCUAAAUAAUGGGCAUUUUUAGCCUGAAUGUAUCGUCUUUUGCUUUGACCUGCUGGGUUUUGGAUGAAAAUACGUUUUAAUUUCAUGUGUUAAUGUCUAUUUAACGGCAGUUUGUUGCAGAGACAUUUAUCAUACAUUGAAAAAUAUAUACAACAAGAAUAUUUAUUUCAAAGAGCCAAAGAAAAACAUAAAAAUACUCACUACCGACAGCUUCCAAAAAUUUGAAAAACGAAAAUGAACGCCUAGUUAUUGGCGACUUCCGUUUGGGCGUACAGAGAGUCUAUACACUGUGAAGUUACUAUCUCCAAAACUAAUGCAGAUAUUGCAAUUGAAACUUCACAUGUGUCUUCGGAUUUAUGAAACUAGGUGAUAGCAUCAAGUCCCUUAACUGUGACAUGCAUUUUGGCCAAAUUAUGCCCCCUUUUGGACAUAGAAAAUUCUGGUUAAAGUUUUGCAUGCAAGUUACUAUUUCCAAAACUAAUGCAGAUACUGGAUUUAAACUCUAUAGAUAUUUUAACAGGGUAAUAUUCCUGCUUUUUGGACAACAAUUCAAAUAGUCUUCCAUUGACUGCUUUACAGACAGCUCUUGUUAGAAUAAAAAAGAAAUUUGUUUUGGUGAAUAGAUAAAUCAGACAUUUAUAAUGAUGAAAUGAUUUUAUACUAUACAGAUUUUAAUUAUGCAGAAUCAUCAUGAAAAAAAGUGAAUUUACAUAGCAAUAAAACAGCUAGAUGAUAUGCAUGUCAUCAGCUUUAAUUAUAGAAAAGUGAAUAAAUUGAUUUUCAGCACUCAGCUGGAUUGUAUGAUACAUCAUUUUAAUUGAACCACCUUGUUAUUGUCAGUGAAGCAUUAUACCUAAGGUUUUCCUUAGCCUCAAUGUUUUGUACAGGGUAAACAUAAAGUAUGUGAGUAGAAUAAUAUUCUACUUCCUUCUACAGCCCUCUUAAGAUAAAACAGUUGUUAACUGGUGUUUAAUAAUAACCAGCUUGAUUGUAUCAUGGUAUGUUGUAGAAAUUAACUGAAAUAUGUAAUUGCAUAUUAUAACCAUAUACAUUUACUAGCAAACAUUUUCAAAGGGGCAUGUGUCCAGAUGUACAUCUCAGACAUAUCCUAUGCCCAUUUUUGCAUUAGAUACUGAUUUCAAAUGUUGAAAAUCCUGAAACAUAAUGCAUGGUACUGUUAAUGCACAUAAAUACAUAAAUUUGUUAAUUGUACCCCCCCCCCCCCCACCCCCACCCCCCCGACAACAAAGUUGUAAGGAGGGGUAUACUGGUUUCAGGUUGUCUGUCCAUCUGUAGACACAAUCUUGUGCACACCAUCUCUCCUCAUCCAUGUGACACAAUUUAAUGAAACUUCACAAAAGUGAUCAGUAACAACAGUAGUUGUGCAUGGGGCAUGUUAGGUUCUUUCAGAAAAAAAAACUUAUAGAGUUAUGGGACUUUGUUUUUUGUUUCUAUACUAUAUACAUAGACACAAUCUUGUGCGCACUAUCUCUCCUCAUCCACUUGACACAAUUUAAUGAAACUUCACACAAGUGAUCAGUAUCAACAGUAGUUGUGCAUGGGGCAUGUUAGGUUCUUUCAGAAAAAAGUUGCAGAGUUAUGGGACUUUGUUUUUUGUUAAUAUACUAUAUACAUAGACACAAUCUUGUGCGCACCAUCUCUCCUCAUCCACUUGGCACAAUUUAAUGAAACUUCACACAAGUGAUCAGUAACAACAGUAGUUGUGCAUGGGGUAUGUUAGGUUCUUUCAGAAAAUAAAUUUGCAGAGUUACGGGAUUUUUGUUUUUUGUUACUAAACUAUAUACAUAGACACAAUCUUGUGCGCACCAUCUCUCCUCAUCCCCUUGACACAAUUUAAUGAAACUUCGCACAAGUGAUCAGUAACAACAGUAGUUGUGCAUGGGGCAUGUUAGGUUCUUUCAACGACAAAAAUUGCAGAGUUAUGGGACUUUGUUUCUUGUUAACAUACUAUGUACAUACAAUCUGCAUAUGCAGUCUUGUGCGCACCUAAUCUUCCGAACCCUUGCACACAAUUUAAUGAAACUUCACACAAGUGAUCAGUACCAACCCUAGUUGUGCAUGGUGCAUGUUACAUUCUUUUAGAUAAAUAUUCUGCAUAGUUAUGGGACUUUGUUUUUUGUUACUAAACUGUAUACAUACAGUCUAUAUACAUACAGUCUACAUGAUUAUGCAAUCUUGUGUGCGUCAAAUUGCAAUGUACUGUGUCAGUGCGUUCGGGGGGUACAUUCAUCACUUUUAGUGAUAGCUCUAGUUUUAGGUUUACUUUAACUACAUGUUGUAAUUGUACCCCUCUUGAAAGAAGAGGGGAUAUAUUGAUUUGCACCUGUUGGUCGGUAGAGCAAAUGGUUUCCGCUUGAUAACUUGAGAACCCUUCAAACUUGGCAGCAUGGUUGUGGUAGCUUAUGAAGUAGAUGAACCCUAUUGUUUUUGGGGUCAGUAUGUCAAAGCUCACAGGAGCCUGAACCUUGAAAACAGUUUCCACCCAAUAAUUUGAGAACCAUUUGACCCAGAACCUUCAAAACCCUAUAGUUUUUGGAGUCCGGUCAAAGUUGUCACAGGGGCCUAAACCUUGAAAAUGGUUUCCGUCCAAUAACUUGAGAACCACUAAACCCAGAAUGUUCAAACUUGAUAGCAUUAGUAGGCACAUGAAGUAGAUGACCUCUACCAUUUAGGGGCCAGUAUGUCAAAGGUCAGUGUCACAGGAUCUUGAACCUUGGAAACGGUUUCAGCUCAAUAACUUGAAAACCACUUGACCCAGAAUCUUCAGCUUUGAUAAAAUGAGUGGGCUUAUGAAGUAAAUGACCCCUAUUGUUUUUUUUUGGUCAGUACGGUUCCGCUCAAUUUCUGGAGAACCACUUGACUCAGAAACUUCCAACUUGAAAGCAUGACUGAGCUUAUGAAGUAGAUGACCCUAUUUAUUUUUUGGGUCAAUAGGUCAAAGUCAAGGGACCUGAACAUUAUAAGGGUGUCUCCUCAAUAACUUGAGAUCCACUGGACGCAGAACCUUCAAACUUAAUAGCAGGAUUGGGUUUAUGAAGUUGAAUAUUUUUGGGGUCAGUAAGUCAAAGACCAAAGUCAAAGGAGCCUGAAUUUUGAAAACUGUUUCCACUCAAUAACUUGAGAACCACUUGGCCCAGUAUGUAUAAACUUGACAGCAUAAUUGGGCUUAUGAAGUUGAUGACCCCUGUUGUUUUGGGGGUUAGUAAGUCAAAGGUCAAGGUCAAUGUGGACACGAGACUGAAAAUGGGACAACCCAUCAUGCGGGGAGAGGGGGGUGGGGGGGGGCUCUUGUUGUUCAUGUUUCCUGUAUGAAGUUGGGUCUAGUAGACCUAUAAAAUAAUCAAAACUAAUUAUAAGUCUUGGAUAUAGCUGUAAAGUAGAAUUUACAGCAUCUUUUCACUAUCUAGCAGUUCAUAGAACCCACUAAAUUCACUUUGUCUUUACUUUUAAUUUACAUUUACAAACGUAUAAAAUCACUUUCCAGUUGUUAAAAAAUACUUUAUUCUAGAUGCAUGUCCCUUUCAAACUGUCAUUUGUUGUAUUAUUAUAUUUCACAGAGUCAGGUACCCUUGAGUGAAUUAUUCUGAUACUUAACAACCUCAAUCACACAUUCGUUAUAAGUGGAAUAAGUCGUCCAUAACACACAGAAUGAAUCACUUAUGAGUAUUUGACUAUGAUUUUUUUAGUUUUGUUAUAGAAUCAUAGAAAGUGAUGCUCUUUAUUAUUGGAAUGAAAUGUUAUUACAAAUCUGUAAAUAUAGCAAAAUAAAUAAUGCAAUAAUUUUGUGGAAAAUAA